GGGGUUCAAUUAUAGUCUUUGAUUAAUCGUUUGUUUUUAGUGCGCUUCGAAACUGCAUCACUAGUUAAGGUAGAAUAAUUUACUUUUGUCUUGUAUAGGUGAUGCCAUUAUUCCUUUCAACUUUCAAUCUUACUUAAAAGUUUUCGUUUUGAAAAUGCUUGAAUAUUAACACUCCAUGUCUAGUGUUGUAUGAUCCAAACUGAUUCCAUAUGCUUCAAAUUUGAUGUGGUAUCCUAAAUGACAGCUUUGGUGUUAUUCGUUUUGUACGUUUGUGUGUGGAAACAAUUAAUUUUAGUUUCUUUGUUUAUAGAUUUUUUUUAUAUAUAGUAUAUAUGUUUUUUGGUCAUAUAUAUUGAUAAAUGAUAUGGAGAAUGUGAGAUUAUCAGAUCCUGAAGAUAAAGUGAGUGAAGCACUAUGUUUAUCUUACUGUUUGAUUCUAUGGCAUCUGAUAUUGGAAACGAAGAUAGGUCAGAGACCUUAACUUGCAAUCGAAUCAAUGUAUUUAAUCAUCUUAUUUUGGCUAUUGAUACAUUUCUCCAACCAAGAUCGAGGCUAUAUCUAAUCUAUUCAUCUUCAGAUGAGGUUGUGGACAUUGCUAAAAGACUUCUAAAUUUGCUGAAGGUAGGGGGAUACAUGUUCUUUGGAGAGAUGUGCUCAAGCCAAUCUGAAGACCAUAAAUUGAUUGAUCUAGAAAGUUGCAAUAUUCGAUUUAACACAUUAACCAAUUAAAUUGUUUAAUUAUCUAUUAAUUGAUGAAAAUGUUCCUUAAUGUUCAUGGUGUUUGUAUGUCAUGCAAUCACUCAAAAAAUGGUUCUC